UGUUUGCUGUGCGGAGUGCUUUACCUGGGCACCCAAGUUUUCCUUGCAGCAUUUCUGCUGCUGCUGUCUAUUUGCUAAGAGUGACCAGGGGUUACAGCAGCGUCGCCAGGCAACGAGGGACAGCAGUCCCGUUUAAGAGCCAUUUGUCACACUGAGGGGACUGGUUGAAAUGCAAUAAAGAAAUGAUACCAGCUGCUACUCAUGUCUUCGCCGUUGCUAAGAACGUGUUUGGUAUUGCCUCAGUGUGAAAACGUGUCUGCAGUUUCCCGAAAAUGGAGUAUCUCAAUGUUACUUAAAGUACCCUGCUUUAAAGUGUUGCUGGCAAGUGGCAUGGCCUGAUUAUUUAUUUAGGAAUGUUUUUUCAGGAGGAGAAUGCUUUUUUUGUAAACAUGAAUUGCCUGAUUCUUUCACUGGGCUGUGGCUUCUUGUCUCAGGUCAUCGAAACGCUGAUCUUUGCCUAUUUUGCUUCUAUAUCAUUGGCUGACUCCCAGGGUCUUUUCCCAAGGCUGGAGAACGUGGGAGCUUUCAAGAAUGUUUCAAUUGUGCCAACCCAAGCAACGUGUGGACUCCCAAACCGAAGCACAUUUUGUCAUAGCUCUGCUGCUGCUGAAAGUAUUCAGUUCUGUACCCAGCGGUUUUGCAUUCAGGAUUGCCCAUACAGAUCUUCAACCCCGACGUACACCGCCCUCUUCUCAGCAGGCCUCAGUAGCUGCAUCACAGCAGACAAGAAUGAUCUGCAUCCCAAUUCCCAUAGCAAUUCUACAAGUUUUAUUUUUGGAAAUCACAAGAAUUGCUUUUCUUCUCCUCCUCCUCCUCUUCCAAGGCUGGCGGCAUCGUUUACUUUAGCUGUGUGGUUGAAACCUGAGCAAGAAGGUGUAAUGUGUGUUAUAGAAAAGACAGUGGAUGAGCAGAUUGUGUUCAAACUUACAAUAUCUGAGAAAGAGACCAUGUUUUAUUACCGCACAGUAAAUGGUUUGCAGCCUCCAAUAAAAGUAAUGACACUGGGGAGAAUUCUUCUGAAGAAAUGGAUUCAUCUUAGUGUGCAGGUUCAUCAGACAAAAAUCGGCUUCUUUAUCAAUGGUUUGGAGAAGGAUCAUGCAGCUUUUGAUGCAAGAACUCUAAGUGGUUCAAUUACAGAUUUUGCCUCUGGUACUAUGCAAAUAGGACAGAGUUUGAACGGUUUAGAGCAGUUUGUUGGAAGAAUGCAAGAUUUUCGAUUAUACCAAGUGGCUCUUACAAACAGAGAGAUUCUGGAAGUUUUUUCCGGAGACCUGCUUAGAUUGCAUAUCCAGUCACACUGCCGCUGCCCUGGCAGCCACCCUCGGGUCCAUCCUUUGGGACAGCGAUACUGCAUUGCUAAUGACGCAGAAGACACAACCGAUAACAGAGUGUCGCGGUUGAAUCCCGAAGCCCAUCCUCUCUCUUUUGUCAAUGAUAACGACAUCAGUACUGCCUGGGUUUCAAAUGUGUUUACAAACAUUACCCAGCUUAAUCAAGGAGUGACUAUUUCAGUAGAUUUGGAAAAUGGACAGUAUCAGGUGUUUUACAUUAUCAUUCAGUUCUUUAGUCUACAACCAACAGAAAUAAGGAUUCAAAGGAAGACAGGGGAUGGUUCCGAUUGGGAGGACUGGCAAUAUUUUGCUAGAAAUUGCAGUGCUUUUGGAAUGAAGAACAAUGGAAAUUUGGAAAAUCCUGAUUCUGUCAACUGUCUUCAGCUUUCCAAUUUUACUCCGUAUUCCCGUCGCAAUGUCACAUUUAGCAUCCUGACACCUGGACCAAAUUUUCGACCUGGAUACAAUGACUUCUAUAAUUCCCCAUCUCUUCAGGAGUUUGUAAAAGCCACAAAAAUAAGGUUUCAUUUCCGUGGACAAUACUAUACAACUGAGACUGCUGUCAACCUCAGACACAGAUAUUACGCGGUGGAUGAAAUCACCAUUAGUGGGAGAUGUCAGUGCCAUGGUCAUGCCGAUAAUUGUGACACGACAAGCCGGCCAUACCGAUGCCUCUGCUCUCAGGAAAGCUUCACUGAAGGACUUCAUUGUGAACGCUGCUUGCCUCUUUAUAAUGACAAGCCUUUCCGACAAGGUGAUCAAGUUCAUGCUUUCAACUGUAAACCUUGUCAAUGUAACAGCCAUUCCAGAAGCUGCCACUACAACAUCUUGGCAGACCCAUUUCCUUCUGAACACUUCAGAGGUGGAGGAGGAGUUUGUGAUUAUUGUGAGCAUAACACUACGGGAAGGAACUGUGAGCUGUGCAAGGAUUACUUUUUCCGACAAGUUGGUGCAGAUCCUUCAGCCAUAGAUGUUUGCAAGCCCUGUGAUUGUGAUAAAGUUGGCACUAGAAACAGCAGCCUCCUUUGUGAUCAGAUUGGAGGCCAGUGUAAUUGUAAGAGACAUGUGUCUGGCAGACAGUGCAAUCAGUGCCAGAAUGGAUUCUACAAUCUACGAGAGUUGGAUCCUGAUGGCUGCCGUCCCUGUAACUGCAAUACCUCUGGGACAGUGGAUGGAGAUAUUACCUGUCACCAAAAUUCAGGCCAGUGCAAGUGCAAAGCAAAUGUUAUUGGGCUUAGGUGUGAUCAUUGCAAUUUUGGAUUUAAAUUUCUCCAAAGUUUUAAUGAUGAUGGAUGUGAGCCCUGCCAGUGUAACCUCCAUGGCUCAGUGAACAAAGUCUGCAAUCCUUUUUCUGGGCAGUGUGAGUGCAAAAGAGAAGCCAAAGGACUUCAGUGUGACACCUGCCGAGAAAACUUUUACGGGUUGGACAUCACUGGUUGUAAGGCCUGUGAUUGCGACACAGCUGGAUCCGUCUCUGAGACUGUCUGUGAUCCUAAAACGGGGCAGUGCGUCUGUAAGCUCAAUGUUGGAGGAAGACAGUGCAACGAAUGUUUGGAAGGAAACUUCUAUCUACAGCAAAAUAAUUCUUUCCUCUGUCUGCCUUGUAACUGUGAUAAGACUGGAACUAUAAAUGGCUCUCUGCUGUGUGACAAAUCAACAGGACAGUGUCCUUGCAAAUUUGGGGUAACAGGUCUUCGCUGCAAUCAGUGUGAGCCUCACAGGUACAAUUUGACCAUUGACAAUUUUCGUGGCUGCCACACGUGUGAGUGUGACUCCUUGGGGACAUUACCUGGGAGUAUUUGUGACCCAGUCAGUGGCCAGUGCCUAUGCUUGCCUAAUCGUCAAGGAAGAAGGUGUAAUCAGUGUCAACCAGGUUUUUAUAUUUCUCCAGGCAAUGCCACUGGCUGCCUGCCAUGUUCAUGCCACACAACUGGUGCAGUUAAUCACAUCUGUGAUAGCCUAACUGGUCAGUGCGUUUGCCAAGAUGCUUCCAUUACUGGGCAAAGUUGUGAUCGAUGUAAAGACCGUUACUUUGGAUUCGAUCCUCAGACUGGAAGAUGUCAGCCUUGUAAUUGUCAUCUCUCAGGAGCCUUGAAUGAAACCUGUCACUUGGUCACAGGCCAGUGUUUCUGUAAACAAUUUGUCACUGGCUCAAAGUGUGAUGCUUGUGUUCCCAGUGCAAGCCAUUUGGAUGUCAACAAUCUAUUGGGUUGCAGCAAAACUCCAUCCCAGCAACCUCCACCCAGAGGACAAGUUCAAAGUUCUUCUGCUAUCAGUCUCUUCUGGAGUCCACCUGAUUCUCCAAAUGCCCACUGGCUUGCUUACAGUUUACUCAGGGAUGGUUUUGAAAUCUACACAACUGAAGAUCAAUAUCCAUACAGUAUUCAACACUUCUUAGACACUGACCUGUCUCCAUAUACCUCGUAUUCCUAUUACAUCAAGACCACCAAUGUGCAUGGUUCAACAAGGAGUGUAGCUGUCACUUACAGGACAAAACCAGGGGUCCCAGAGGGAAACUUGACCUUGAGUUAUAUCAUUCCUAUCAGCUCAGACUCUGUGACACUUACCUGGACUGCACUUUCAAAUCAUUCUGGUCCUAUAGAGAAAUAUAUUUUGUCCUGUGUUCCUCUGGCUGGCAGUCAGCCCUGUGUUCCCUACGAAGGUCGUGAAACCUCAGCUACCAUCUGGAAUCUGGUUCCAUUCACCAAGUACUAUUUUUCUGUACAGGCGUGUACUAGUGGGGGUUGUUUACAUAGCUCGCCUAUUGCAGUGACCACAGCCCAGGCCCCUCCCCGAAGGCUGAGUCCACCUGAGGUACAGAAAAUCAGCGCUACAGAACUUCAUGUGGAAUGGUCCCCACCAAUGGAGCCAAAUGGAAUAAUUAUAAGAUAUGAACUAUACAUGAAGAGAUUGAGAUCUACUGAAGAAACCAUUUCUGAAGAAAGUCGAGUUUUUCAGAGCAGUGGCUGGCUCAGUCCUCACCCGUUUGCAGAAUCAGCCAAUGAAAAUGCAUUAAAACCACCUCAAACAGCUACAACCAUCACUGGCUUGGAACCAUACACCAAGUAUGAAUUUAGAGUCUUAGCUGUGAAUAUGGCCGGCAGUGUGUCUUCUGCCUGGAUCUCAGAAAGAACAGGGGAAUCAGCACCUGUCUUCAUGACCCCGCCAUCCGUCCUUCCCCUCUCAUCGUACUCUCUUAAUGUCUCCUGGGAGAAGCCAGCAGAUAAUGUUACAAGAGGAAAAGUUUUGAGAUAUAACAUCAAUAUGAUUUCUGAACAAUCACCUCAAAAAUCUAUUCCAGUGGUGUUCUCACAGCUAUUGCACGCUGCUAAACCUCAAGAGCUGUCUUAUGUUGUAGAAGGACUGAAACCGUAUAGGAUAUACAAGUUUACUGUUUCUCUUUGCAAUUCUAUUGGUUGUGUAACCAGUGCUUCGGGAGCAGGACACACUUUAGCAGCAGCACCAGCCCAACUGAAGCCUCCUCUGGUUAAAGCAGUCAACAGCACAGCAAUCCAUCUUAGGUGGUUUCCACCUGAAGAACCAAACGGACCCUCUCCUAUAUAUCAGCUCGAGAGGAGAGAGUCAUCUCUACCAGCUCUGAUGGCCACAAUGAUGAAAGGAAUUCGUUUCACAGGAAAUGGGUAUUGUAAAUUUCCCAGCUCCACUCACCCAGUCGAUACGGACUUUACUGGUAAGUGUGUUUGACACUGCUUUAUUUAAGAGACUCUAAGCCCCAAGGUGUUUUCUAUCAUUUUGAUAUCCCUUUACAAUGAACUUUUACUGUACCUAUUUAUAGGAAUACUAAUUCAGCCCUUUUAUAGCUAUAGCCUGAUUGUGUCAACAUGUCUAUCUUGUUAGUAUUCUGGAAAAAAAAAAGUGAGGUAAGUGAAAGAAAGAAGGAAAAAAAAAAGGUCUCGGAGAGGCAGCCUUAUUGGAUCAAAGCAUGUGCUGGAGAUGGUUCUCAGACACCAGUAGCCAGAACCCACUCCUCCAAAUAUUAUUCACUGUGUUCUGUGGGCAAAUGAGUUUGAGGAAUGUUGCGUGCUAUUGGAGAGUCUCAAUGUGCAUCAUGUUAUUAAAGCUCCUAAAAAGAAUUAUAAGAAAGCUAUUUACCUUUGUUUAGAUAAGCAUGCCUAACAGGUAUUUUUUUUUCCUGUUUUUUUCUUUUUAGUAUAACAGCUAUUAAUAUCUAAUGUUCUGUGGAGAACAUUAUGGGAAAAACUAAUUUCAGGGAAGAAGUAACUUCUCUGGGCCAGGACUAUGGUAAAGCAAGUGAGGCUCUUGCCUAAGGCAUAAAAUUUGAAGGUGCUAAAAAACUCAGUGGUCAUGUACAUAUUUUAAUGCAACAUUUUUACAAAUGGAAAUCACUGCAAGAAAUUCACAAAAAAUACCAAAAUUUUAAAUAAAGACAGAAUUGGACCCUGCAUUGCACAUCCCUGCCUUACUGGCCUUACCCUAUUCCUGGCCUUAUAGUGCCGCAAUAUUCUGGAAGUUCCAUGAACUCCACGAAUUAGAAUUCCUAGAAGCACUACUUCAGUAUAAAGCUAUAGCUAUUCAUGACACAUACUUCACUUUUCCAAUUCAAAACAAUUACAACGUAUAAGAUAUAUAUUAUUCUGUAAACUUAUAAAGAUAUUCAUUUAAUCCAUGAGAAAGUCAUUUUGGAGCAAAUAGUCUUUAAAAUAUUGCAUAUGUGAGGACAAUGAAAUGGAAUUUGAGCCGUACAAAAUUUUAUUGUUUUCACCUAAAAUAGUAAAUAGUUUGCUUUUUGUUGAGGCUGGCUGCUGAUGUACGUUUGUAAUGAAUCAUGAUUAUGUUGUAGCUGAGAUAUAUUGAGAUUAAUGCAUGCUUAACUACUACUCUCCCAGCACAUCAAAAUCAUCACUGAAUAUUAGAAGUCACACUAUUGAGCUCCUCUCCCCUAAAAUUCUCAACUCUGCUUCAUAAUCUUAAAAGGGCAAAAAAAAAAAAAAAAAA